AUAGCACGAAAAGGUUUUUCACACAGAGCGGCCAGGCACUGGAACAGGCUCUGCAGGGCAGUGGCCACAGCGCCAAGGCUGUCUGAGUUCAAGAAGCACUUGGACAAAGCUUUCAGCGGGAAAGACCGCCCAGCCCAAGCCCGCCUUCACGGAUGAAGCGGUUCAGACGCUGCUUUACAAAAUGACGGGACUCGACCUGCACAAGGUGUUCCGGCCUGUGAAAAAGGGCCUCAAGCCGCCCCACUACAAGCUGAUGACCGAAGCUCAGCUGGAAGAGGCCACAAGAAAAGCCAUUGAGGAAGCUAAAACAAAACUAAUCAUGCCCCCUGUUUUGAAUGAACGAGAGCCAAUUGAUGAUGUCUUAGCAGAAGACAAAGUCCUUGAAGGAACUGAAACUGCAAAAUAUGUGUUUACAGAUUUAAGUUACUCCAUUCCACAUCGUGAACGUUUCAUUGUAGUUAGAGAACCAAAUGGGGUGUUACGCAAAGCCACCUGGGAGGAACGAGACAGGAUGAUCCAGAUAUUCUUCCCAAAGGAAGGGCGCAGGGUGAUUCCCCCAGCAUUAUUCAAGGAUGAGAACCUUGGGACUGUAUUUCAGCAAGACCGUCACGAAGAUGUCCUGAACAUGUGCAUUGCUCAGUUUGAGCCAGAUUCGCCUGACUAUAUCAGAGUUCACCACCGCACCUAUGAGGACAUCGAGAAAAACGGCAAGUACGACCUGCUGCGCUCAACCAGGCACUUUGGGGGCAUGGUGUGGUACCUGCUCGGCAGGAAGAAGGCAGAUGGCCUACUCAUAGACAUGAUCAACAGAGACCUGCUGGAUGAUGCUACAAGUUUAAUUACACUAUAUCAUAUGCUUCACCCUGAAUGUCAGUCGGCAAAGGCAGCUAAGGAACAGAAACUUCAAGGAGUUGAUCUGAUCAAGGUAUUUGUGAAAACUGAAUCCCAGAGAGAAGGUUAUAUUCAGCUGGCCCUGCAGGCUUAUGAAGAAGCAAUGGCUACUUCUUCAGCUUCAUGAAGUAAACAUCAGCUCAUCAGAAGUUUUAAGUCUGUUUAUAAGCAUUUUCUGUACACCUUUCCACAAUAAAUACUUGAAAAUGA